ACCUUGCGAAGCUGCUUUAUCACUGCCAUUACUUUACCUUAUUCCUUCGCUCCCACUUUCCUUCUCUUUUCCUCUUAAUUUCUAACUCCCUCCCUAUAAGUAUAAUUAUCAUCAUCUUUUCUUUUCAAUUUUCAUUGACACUCUCUUUGCUAUUAUCAAAUUCAAGUUCUCAUUAUCAAGGUGUUUUGAUCUGUUGAGGGGGUUUAAUACUGAAAAUGGGACAAGUGUUAGGUUGCGUGCAAGUGGAUCAGUCAAGUUUGGCCAUCAAGGAGGUUUUCGGGAAGUACGAUGAUGUUCUCGAACCUGGUUGCCACUGUGUUCCAUGGUGUUUCGGCAGUCGUGUGGCUGGUGCUCUUUCUUUGCGUGUCAAACAGCUAGAUGUUCGCUGUGAAACCAAGACUAAGGACAAUGUCUUUGUGACUGUGGUUGCUUCUAUCCAAUAUCGAGCAUUGGCAGAAAAGGCAGUGGAUGCUUACUACAAACUCAGCAAUACCAGAUCACAGAUUCAGUCCUAUGUCUUUGAUGUUAUCAGAGCAAGUGUUCCAAAGAUGGAACUAGAUGCUACUUUUGAGCAGAAGAAUGAAAUUGCAAAAGCAGUGGAGGAAGAACUUGAAAAGGCUAUGUCAGCUUAUGGGUAUGAGAUAGUUCAGACGCUUAUUGUGGAUAUUGAGCCAGAUGAGCAUGUGAAGAGAGCCAUGAAUGAGAUUAAUGCUGCUGCAAGAUUGAGGGUGGCUGCAAAUGAGAAAGCUGAAGCAGAGAAGAUAUUGCAGAUAAAGCGAGCAGAAGGGGAUGCAGAAUCAAAGUACCUAGCAGGCCUUGGGAUUGCUCGUCAGCGCCAAGCCAUAGUAGAUGGCCUGAGGGACAGUGUGCUGGCUUUCUCUGAGAAUGUUCCCGGGACAACAUCAAAGGAUAUCAUGGACAUGGUUCUCAUGACCCAAUAUUUUGACACAAUGAAGGACAUUGGUGCAUCCUCCAAAUCCAAUGCUGUUUUCAUUCCACAUGGACCUGGUGCUGUACAAGACGUUGCUUCACAAAUUAGGAAUGGUCUUCUCCAAGGAAAUGCAACACAGUCUUGAAGGAUUGACAUCACAUACUACUACUCUACUAGUAGUUGAGCUUCCCAACCAUAUGCAUAUAUCUUCUCAACCACAUCCAAACGUUUUUUGUUUUUUAUAUAUAUGUCGUUGCCAUCUUUGUCCUCUGGGUUUCUAUCUAGUUCAAUCCUUUUUAGUUUGUGAAUAUAGUAAUGAUAGUGGGCAAAAUUGCUUUAUUUGUGAUUUAUAGUUUGUGUUUGCGUUAAUGUUAUGUAGAUUUAUCCUUUGCUUUGUCUUCUAUGAGAAUGAGAAUUACCGAUAGGCUCAUUUUUCCUAGUGGAUAGUGCUUUCAAAUCA